CAGUAAAUUAAUACAAGUGCUUGUAGAGUAUAUAGCUGAGCUGUCUUACAAGUGUUUGUGCAGACAAGCUACUUUACUCUAUAAUUUAUGUCCUGUGUCUGUAAGACUAGUUUUAUUACAAGCAAGAGAAGAUACAAAUUCACGGUAUGGCCAGCUAUGAAGAUCACCCUAUUCAAGUCCAUGUACAAGAUGUACCUUUUAGACGCUCCAUGUCCACAAAGCAAUGGACCACCUCCCCUCUUACAGCCCAAUCUGCCCCCAGGCAUCACAGGAAGUCCAAACGCCCUGAGAGCAGUCAUCAGAGACUGGCAGCUGCUAGAGAAGACAACUUUAGGGAGCAGGAAAUGAGGAGUAAUGUAACAAGGGUGGGAGGAGUCACUGGAAUGCUGCCCAAUCAGCAGUUUUCCUCAAGAGGAACGUCACCUGCUCUGACAAGUUCCCUUUCCCAAAGUUCUGUUCCUAGGCAAUCCUCCAAGCUGCCGAGGGAGAGAGAGCAUCUUAAACUGAAGCAAGCUGUUAGUGCACCUGGAAAUGCAGAAGUUCUGCAAUCAAACCAACCAUUACCAAGUGAUGAUGUACUGAAUGCUCUGUUCGACAGGCUAGUGGAGAGGCUGCAUCUCUCACCAGAGAAAGUUGCCGAAAUCAACAAGAGAACUCCAGAGCAAAAAUGGAGUCUCAUAUUAGCCCAGCAAGAGCUUCAAGCUGGUAUUGCCUGUGUCUUCUACAUUGAGCAGUUAGUCAGGCAUGCCCAGCCACAGCUCAAAGAAAAACACCCGAGGAAAAAACACCUUCAGAAUCUCCAGCCUCUUGCAAAAGUGCUUAAGAACCUUGAAGUUGAUUUGCGAACAAAUCCAAACGAUUCAUGGGUGGAGGAGUUUGUUAAUACUCCCAAUCAUGGCCAUGUUGCACUGAUUGAUCUCAUAAAAGACCUGGCUGAUAACCCAUACUCUGUGCCUCGCAAGAACCCAAAGAAGUAUACAGUGCUGGAGAGAGAACCUACGUAUCUUUACAUUGCUCUCUUGUGUCUGAAGGCUCUCACAAGCCACAGAGAAGGGUUCAAUGCAGUGUUGAAGUACGACCCGAGUCUGUGCGUGCUGGCAUACUGUCUGAACAGUGAGAGCACUCGCACUAAGGUCCUUAUUCUCAAGAUGAUGGUGACAUUCCUAUUGGCCACAGGAGGGCACAAGAAAGUCAUGCAGGCAUUCGACUACCUCAGAGCCAUCAUGAAAGAAAGAACCAGGUUUCAGCUCCUCGUUUCCUCACUCGUAAACGAACCUGUGGAUCCAAACUUUCAGGCCGCUGCUCUGUGCUUCAUCAACACUGUGGUUCAAACAACAAGAGGUCCCAAUGCAAAGGUGUUUCAUCAACACGAGUUUCUGGAGGCUGGUUUCAACACAGAGGAAGUGGAAAGAUCUCUCCACGGGCGACAGGACGAGCGAGUACUUCACGAGCUGAAAGAGUGGGAGGGAAACUUCAUCAGUGUCCAGCAGUUUAUGGACGACCUGGCUGUCACUAAGGGCCGGGUCUGGAGUCUGCAGGAGAAUUUGGAAGAGACACAGAGAACUCUUCACGAGGCCGAUCUGGACCGCACUGCACUCUACAAUCAAACAAAGAAGCUGAUAGACAAGUAUGAGCACCAGCGAGAGAGGAUAAGCUACCUCAAUGAGAGCGUUAAUGAUCUCCUCUCAGUCAAACUGGAGAGAGACGAGUUGGCAACAGAGAAGAAACAACUGGAGGAGGCCAACAAACGCUACCACGAGCACACCAGCGAACUACAGGAGAGGGUGGAGAAACUACUGGAAGAGAACAAGAACCUCCAGACGACUGAAGCCAAACUUAGUGACCUUCAGGAACAAGUGGAAGCUCUUAGCAAGUUCAAAUAUAAGGUGGAAGGAAAGUUUGAUUCCACUCCACCACCCUCUGAGAGUGGGGAAGGGGUGGAUACCGGAGCACCCCCCAUGGCGACAAACAUCCCUGCCCCGCCCCCUCUACCCCCCGUCAUGGACCCUGAUGGAUCACUCAUACCACCACCACCACCUGUACCAUUUGGAAGUGUACCCCCUCCCCCACUGAUUGGUGGGGGCAGGCCUGGAGUGCCCCUCAAGAAGCCAGUGAUACCCAACGUCCCUCUGCCCAUGCUCAACUGGAUCCCAGUGAGGAAUCCGGGACAAACCAUCUUCAAGGAACUAAAUGACGAGGCUAUUAUUGAGUCGGUAGAUUUCUCCGAGUUUGAAACUCUCUUUCAGGUCAAGAGAUUCAAGAAAAAUGAUGAAAAGUCCUCCAAAAGGAACAAGAACAAGAAAAAACUCGCUGAAGAAGUGUCCCUCAUUGAUAGCCGAAGAGCAAGGAACUUGGUCAUUGCCAAGCGGAGGAUUGGGCAUUCGGCUGUUGAGAUCAGAGACUUUAUCCUUCAAACAGACUUGGAUGGACUGUCGGGAGAGUAUUGUGAACUACUACUCAAGUUUAUACCAACUGAAGAUGAGCUCAAGGAUCUUGCUAAGAGCGCCCAGCUCUAUGACAACUUCUCUGAGGCCGACCAGUUUAUGUACCAGCUGGCCAAGAUAGAAAGAUACGAGGCACGGCUCAAUUGCAUGGCCUACAUGGGCAAUUUUGAUGAGCUGCUCAGCUCCACUAAACCACUAAUAGAGGGUGUGCUGUCUGCCUCUCUCUCCAUCUUCCGCAGUAGCCGACUCAAGAAAGUAUUUGAGAUCAUCCUGGCAUUUGGUAACUACAUGAACAGCAGUCGCAGAGGAGCAGUGUACGGAUUCAAACUGGAGUCACUCGGCAGGAUUGCUGACACUAAGUCAAUGGAUCGCAAACAGACUCUUCUACACUAUAUAGUGCAUGUGGUGGAGAUGGUGUACCCCAACGUACUGACCUUCUAUGAUGACCUCAGUGUGGACAAGGCCUGUCAAGUGUCAAUGCAGCUGCUGAAUGAGGAUGUCGAGAUACUUAAAAAGGGGCUGGAGGACGUCUCUGAGGAGAGGCAAAAGGAACCGAGCAACUUCAUCAUAUUCAGCUAUUUCAACCUUGCCAAAAGGAAGGUCGACCUUGUAGUGGAGACCUAUGCCAAGAUGGAAGAUGCUUACAGAGAGGUGUGCCUCAUGUUUGACGAGAGCCCCAAGCAGACUGACCCCUCCGACUUCUUCGGGAUAUUCGCCAACUUUAUCAAAGAAUGGAAGAAAGCAGUCCAAGAUAAUCAUGCUUCCAAACGGCGACGGAGGACAAUGAUUGACCUUCUUAAGAAGGAUGACGAUACCGAACCCAAAAAUGCCCUAGCCAGCCUCGCAUCCGAGGCUGCAGCAGAGGCAGCUGCUCGCUCCAAGAACAUACGCAAAGGGGCGGAGCAACUUGAUGAGAGGGACGAAGACGGUGUGACACGGCCUCUUUCUAGGGGUGAAGUUGUGCAAGAUCUCGAGGCUGAAGCACACGAUAUACGGGAGAAAGGAAUACAUCAUCUUAAUCUACAGGAACGAUUGCCAUGGUUGAAAAAAUCCCCGACUAAGGAGGACAGCAAAGAACAAGAGGAUGACCAGCCAGAGCGAGCACUGUCACCUGAUUCCGGACUAGACCAACUCAGCCCUAAAGAGGGUUUUCUACUACACGAUUCCACCCUCGAGGAAGAUCGCAGUAUAGCAAGCUCUGUACAUAGUCUGCUAAUGAAUGGAUACCCUGAGGAAACACCUGAAGUGUACCUACCCCCUAAAGACUACCACACAGACAAUGCAUACCCUGAGGGAUACGUAGAUGAAGAUGAGGUGAUACCAUCAAGAGACUACCCCACGAAAGGAGUGACUGGCUCACAGACCCAGCUGUUAGAAGAAAAUGACUAUUACUCCAUGAUGUCGAAUGGACUCACUGCAUGAUUUGUAACUACAUGUAAUCGUUUUAUUUAAAUUUCCAUGCACCCUGUAAACCAUAUAUUUACCAUUUUAUGUAUAUAUACAUGCAAUAAUUAUUAUAGACUGG